AUGGCGGCUACAAUGUCAUGUAGUUAUGAUCAGGAUUCGAAAGAAAAAGAAGAAAAUUCAGAAGAAUCAGAGUCUGUAUCAUCGAGCAACUCCUCAUCUGAAGAUGAAGAAGGGGAAGCUCUCACAGAACAAAUAGAAAAAGAUUGGUUACGAACUUUGGCAGCUUUGAAGAAUAAAGAUCCCAGGAUUUAUAACAAAGACAUCAAGUUCUACCAAAGCUCAGAUGAAGAAACUGAAAUAAAGUCAUCAGAAAAGAAAAAGAAGAAACCAGUUUAUUUACAAGAUGUCCAGAGGAAGACAUUAAUUGAAACAAAAGGAGCUCCACCUCCAGAUGAAAAAAUAAGAUACGAAGAUGAUGAAGAAGUAAAUCCUCGUAUGGGUCCUAGUUACUAUGAAGAACAGAAUGAACUCAAGAAAAAAUUCAUGGAAGCUGCUCCAUCCUCUGAUGAAGAUGAAGAUCUUUUGAUGAAAAAAGGAGGUGACAUGAAGGAAGAGGAAGGUGCUGAAGAGGAGUACCGCAUGUUCCUUAAGGGCAAGAAGAAGAAAUUAAAAAGAGAUAAAAAACUUGCACCUGAAUUGUCAAUCCUCAAAGAUUAUUGGUCAAAACCUGACUUGGAUGAUGGUGAACAAUUUCUACGUGAUUACAUCCUCAAUAAAGGUUACAAAGACAAGAACAAAGAGAAGAUUCCUUCCUAUGAAGACAUUGUUAAAGAUGAAGAAUCAUUUGAUGAAGAAGAAAAGGUUCUUUAUAAACAGGAAGACUUUGAGAGAGACUAUAACUUUAGAUUCCAAGAACCUGAUAAAAAUUUUAUUAAAAGUUAUCCAAGAAGAAUCAAGGAUUCAGUGCGACCGGAAGACAAUAAACGGGCAGAGAAAAGGAAAAAAGUCAUGGAAAGAAAAAAAAAGGAAAUGGAAAAGAAACAAGAAGAAUUGAAAAAGAUUAAAAAGAAGAAAAAGAAGGAAAUUAUGGAUAAAAUUGCUGAAUUGAAACAGAUUACUGGGAAUUCUUCUCUUGGAAUUCAAGACUUAGAUCUUGACCAGGAAUUUGAUUCUAAACAGCAUGAUGAAAUGAUGAAGAAAAUGUUUAAUGAAGAUUAUUACAAUGAAAAAGACACUGAAAAACCUGUUUUUUCUGAUGGCAAUAUGGAUGGAAUUUAUGAUGAUGAUUUUGGGGGACAGGCAGAACAUGAAAAUAAUGAUGAAAUGCCAGAAUAUAAUUACGAUGACCAAGAAGUGCUUGACAUUGAGGAUCCAAAUUUCAAUAUGGAUGCUGAUUACGAUCCCACCCAGUAUCAAAGAAAAAAGAAAGGAAGGAAUCGGAAAAGAAAAUCAAAGAAAGAAAAACCGGCAUUUUUUAAUGGAGAUGAAAUGACAUUUGAUGAAUAUUUUGAUGAGUACUACAAGCUGGAUUAUGAAGAUUUAAUAGAAGAUCAACCUUGUCGAUAUCAGUAUCGAUCAGUUGUACCAAAUGAUUUUGGUUUGACAACAGAAGAGAUUCUAAAAUCUGAUGACAAAGAUCUCAAUGUCUGGUGUCCACUUCGCAAAUUGGUGCAGUACAGAACAGAUCAGGAAGAAUUCACCGAUGAAAUGAUCUAUUAUAAAAGAGGAAAAAACAUGGAUCGAAAAAAGAGAUUUUUAUCCAGCUUUUAUAAUAAAAUGGAAAAAUCUGAGAAUGGAGCAAACUAUGAAGAUGAGCAUGAAAGCAAUUCUCAUCAGAAUUCUAAUCAAAAGAAAGGAACCUUGAAGAAGAAACAGGAGGAAGAGAAUAAGAAGAAAGUGGUUGUCAAUGAUUCUAUAGACAUGUUGAAAGAGUCUGGGACAAAGAAUGUGGCUGUUGAGUUAUCUAUAAAGAAAUUGCUUUGUCAUGCAGUGGUUAACGAAAUGAUGCAAUUGAUCUCAUGUCGUAAGAACCAGCAAAGCUUCAUUACCACAGGAAACUGCAAAAAAGCAAUCGAACAAAAGUAUGAUAAAUCCGCGAAUAUUAAUCGCAAUUCUUUAGAGAACAUUUUCCCCACCAUGAUUAUCUAA